AUGCCGCAGGCUCAUCACGGAGCCAAAGCCAUGCUUGGAGCAGGGACCGAAGUAAGGCCAGUGGUAACAGCUCAUAAUCUGCUCAAGGGUCCGGGACCUCAGACCAGUGUCUUCCGUACGGAGAUUAGCCUGGGACCACGCCGUAAAUACGUCUUGCGAUCUGAGACCGCAGGGGCAAAGGGUCAUCAUCCCUUUGGGGAGAGCCAAACCCAAGACGGAGAGUCGGCCAUCCGGGUGUCCGGCGGGCUGUCGGGGUCUGGCAGUCAAACUCCGGGCCCGAAGAAAAAGAGCCGGAACGGAGGAUGCCAGGAGAGGAUCCAGAAAAUGGCGCUCCUGUUCUUCCCUACGGCCCCAGUGUGUCGUGUGCCCCGAUUGGGUCUGGCUUACGAUCCGGGGCUUGCCGUGAGACCACCUGAUCAGCUCCUUUUGGGAAUUCCCGCCAAUCCUGCGCCUCAGGCAACAACGACGCUUCUCGAAGGCUGA